ACUAGAUUACAACCCACAACACAAGUUGAUCAAUUCUCUCUCACAUUCACAUAACAAACACCGCCGGAAAACUCAAGAAACCCGCCGGAAAUCCACCAAUUCCGUCCAACCACCGUCACAGAUCUAGUCACGUAUUACAAUGGAUCAAAAGAUAACUUGUUUGAACCUUUUUGAGAAUAUUGAUCUCGCAACCGAGCUCAAAUUAGGAUUGCCGGGAACCGACGACCAGCCGGAGAUGAAAAUGAGCUUUUCCGGCAACAAAAGGAGUUCAUCGGAGAUGGGAUCAAGCACUUGCACAGAUGAAAAUGAAUCAAGAUUUUCACCACCCACCAAGGAACAAGUUGUGGGGUGGCCACCGGUGAGAUCUUACAGGAGAAACGUGCUUCAAGGAAAUUAUGUGAAAGUGAGCAUGGAUGGAGCUCCAUAUCUGAGGAAAAUAGACCUCAAAAUGUACAAAAGCUACGGAGAACUCAUGAAGGGUUUGCAAGAGAUGUUUAAGUGCAUCAUAGGGUUGUACUCUGAGAGGGAAGGGUACAAUGGGUCAGAGCAUGCACCAACUUAUGAAGACAAAGAUGGAGAUUGGAUGCUUGUAGGUGAUGUUCCAUGGGAAAUGUUCAUAAGUUCUUGCAAAAGACUUAGAAUCAUGAAGGGUUGUGAAGCAAGGGGGUUGGGUGAUUCUUUAUAACUAGAUCAAGCACAUUAAUUUUCACAAAUUA